AUGAAUACGAAAAUUCUAACUAUCAUUUCAAUUCUUCUUCUCUUCGUCAUGAACGUCAAUUCUCAAGAUGGAUCUCGUUCCAAUGUUGAACAACAUCAAAGUUACGGACAGACCAGAGAUGCCAAUCAACGAGCUAAUGUCGAUCCAAUUCAUAAUUAUAAGGCCAAGAAGAUAGAUUUGAAACCUAAGAAGUCUCCUUGGUUUGUGGAAAAGGAUUUGUCAAAAUAA